AUUCUGUGAUGCUAACCAAAGAGUAUUCACCACUAGUAUCAUGUUUCAUAUGCGGCAUGCCAGAAUUUCUCUCUAAGGGCCUGUCCAUUUGAUAUAAGGUUUAUGGUACUCACCCAGUGCACAGUAGAGAUAAUAAAAAACAAACAUUUCUCGAUUUGUACUUGUACAUAUUUAUUUUCACAAUUAAAAAUUUACGAAGUGUUGAAGUCAGAAAUGGAAACAUACUCAAAAAUUUUCCCAGAUGAAACUAAUCAUCACAAAGUAAAGAUGGAAAUGGGAGUAGAUGAUGAAAGCUAUGAAAAAGGAAAUUCAUUUGACUUGGGAUUUCAGUACACGACUGAUGGGGGGCAUAUUGAUGAAAAGACUGAAAUCAUGGAUAUUGCUCAUCAUUACACUGAUGAGAAUGGAAUAAGAUCGUCUAUUAAAUAUGAAAUAGGCGAGUUUGCUUUAAACCAGAAAAACAAUCUCGAAGGGUAUAUAGAGGCUGUCCAUUUGAAUAAAAAAGAACAUAAAUGUCACUUAUGUGAUUAUGCAGCCAACCGGAAAGUUAACCUCAAAAUUCAUAUUGAUUCUAUCCAUUUGAAUAAAAAGGAACAUAAAUGUCACUUAUUAAGGAUUAAUAUUACAAAAUUCGAUAUCCGACUUGAAUACAGGAUAAGUGAAUUAUUAUAUUUCAAAAUGAAAACUAUCAACAGAGCGGAGAUCAAAGCCAAAAAGUCUACAACAAAGAGGAUAUUGCGAACAACUGAAAUGAAGACCCUAGAAACAAUAACAGGAUACAAACUGGCAGACAGAAUGGUAAAGGUCACCAGGGACUAA